AUGUCAGCGUCACUUUCUUCUGUUCUCUUCACGCGAGGAGCGGACAGAGUGUAUUUCGCGGCCUUGCUUGUCUGUCUAUUCUAUAUUUUCUGCACCUCCGGUCCAAUCCCGAUCCCUUUCCGGGAAAAUGUUGGUUCACCAGGUCCGCUCCAGUCACAAGACACCGUCUCCGCCGAUGACAACAGCACCAGUGUUGCGGAAGGCUUCGAUCUAGCCGAUGUUUUCAAAGAAGAACAAGCGUCCUCCAAAGAUGUCAGCGACAUCUUCUCGGCCGAACCGUGGGUCCCGCCUCAAGUGACAGACCUGGAUGAAUCCAGGAUGGAAAUGGUCGAACCCUACAUCACGGCCAUCAUGGAUCCCAAAGACAAAUAUUUCGACCGGUUACAAUGUCCACAUCCAUACAAGAACCGCUACAAGGGACUUCGCCGGCGCCGAAAUCUAUCGUCCAAAUUCGAAACGGGCCCGAAGCAAUAUUUCUUUGCCCUCAACCUGUAUGAAUGCGCCCAUGUUCUGCCGCGAUUGCUGGGGUCCGUCGUUGAAGCGAUUCGACUCCUCCGUCCGGAAGACUGUGUAUUAUCCAUCGUCGGGGGCCGUUCCACCGAUGGCACAACGGAAAUCCUUUCUCGACUCCGAGACGAAAUGGAAGCCAUGAACGUUACCUACUAUUUCAGCACGAGUGAUAUCGAUCCGCUCAAACAGGGCAAUGAUCGUAUCACCGAGCUGGCCAAACUGCGCAACUUGGUUCUGGAUCCCUUGAUUCGGCAGCCCGAGCUGUAUGAUCCAGAUGCCACCGUCAUCUUCUUGAAUGACGUUUCCAUUUGUGCGGACGACAUCAUGGAACUGGUCUAUCAAAAGGAAUUUCAACGAGCUCACAUGACCUGCGCGAUGGACUGGGUCGACUACGGCGACACAUUCUAUGACUCGUGGAUUUCCCGUAGCAUGACCGGCGACAUGUUUAUUGAGAUUCCUCAGGACGGCUCUUUCGAGUUCAAGCACAACCUAUUCUGGAACGACCCUGUCACGCGAAAACGGUUUGACAUGAAGCUCCCUAUCCAGGUAUAUUCCUGCUGGAAUGGGGGUGCUGCGUUCACCGCGAAGCCGCUUUUGAAGGACAACGUGACGUUCAGAGCAUCGUACAAAGAUGAAUGCUAUAUGGGCGAGCCGACCCUGUUUUGCAAAGACUUCUGGACGCUGGGGUAUGGCCGAAUCGCAAUCAUCCCGAGUGUCAAUGUUGGCUAUAACGAUGACGAAUCCCGUCAUGUGAAGGAAAAGCAUGGCUAUGCAUCCAGUACGAUAUUUGAGACCGAGAAAGUAGAGGAGAGAUCGACCGAAAUUCAAUGGAAGGUGACCCCACCGGAGCUCGUCAAGUGCGAGCCCGAUUGGGUACAUCCGUCGUGGGUUCAAUGGGACCAGGCAUCCAAGGAUCAGGAGCCCUUCGAUUGGACUCAUUCGGGGUAUUUCAACGCAGACAAAGGCGAAGAAAAUGAAGGCGGACUGAUCUUCGAUUGA